GAUGACACACAAAUCCCACAUCUCCGACGCAUCGACGUGUCACACCUGCCGUCCACCCACAACUGUCAAAUGGAGCGUGGCAUCCACAGUUCUCUCUAUAUCCUCCUAUAAAAAUCUCGUCUCCCACCGACCAAUCGAUCACUCCAACAAAAACCCAAAACUCCCAGGGACAUAUUUCAAUGGCGUCGAUUAUCACAACCACCGGUCUGGUUUCUUGCGGCUACGUCAAAUCUUCGGGCCCGUGUCCGAGUCUUGGCAGCACAAGAGCCACAACCUUCGGAACUCACCGCCUCGCUUGCCCUUCCGGCGUUGACUUCAGCCGGAGGAAGAAGACUGUUGCGGUGGUGAGGGCGGAGGUUCAGCCGAUCAACCCGGAGAUUAGGAAGACUGAAGCGAAGGUUGUGGACUCUGUUGUGGUCACUGAGCUCGCUAAGCCCCUCACUCCUUAUUGCAGGUGUUGGAGGUCGGGGACUUUCCCCUUGUGUGAUGGAAGCCAUGUGAAGCACAACAAAGCUACGGGUGACAAUGUCGGGCCAUUGCUCUUGAAGAAGGAGUAAAGCUUUUGAAUUUAGAGGAGGUACUGUGAUAGAAGAGGUAUCUGGUUUGAGAAUCAAUUGGAGGCUCAUCUUGUAGAUUAUUUGUUCAUGAUAUUGGCUACAAUCGAUGCAUUAUUUAUAAUAUGUUGUUAACAUUUUGAAUAGUUGUUGGAGAUUUUGAAUAAAGAUCUAUGUGCUGUUUAUUUCCUA